AUGUCCGACUCUGAUCCCUCGGGAGAUGACCUCUUCCAAGCCGGCCUGAAGGUCCGCCGCGAAGUACUGGGCGAUGACUACGUGAACAAAGUACUCCAGAAGAAACCCAACCCCUUCACACAACCACUCCAAGAUGUCGUCACCAAAUCAGCAUGGGGCAUGGUCUGGACGCGACCAGGGUUAACCCGAGCGCAGCGAUCAAUGCUCAACAUCGCCCUCCUAGCAACCUUGAACAGGCCUGAUGAGUUCAAGUUGCAUCUAGUCGGUGCCAUUCGAAACGGCGUGACCAAGGCUCAGAUUUCAGAGAUCCUGCUCCACACUUCGAUGUAUGCUGGUAUGCCGGCUGCGGUUGCUGCGUUCAGGAUCGCCGAUGAGGCUCUCAAAGAUGUCGAGGAUGAGCCUGAUAGGAACUCUAAGCUGUGA